AUGCGUGGGUUAAACUUCACAUGGGGACGAGCUGCUAUGGCCCUCAGUACUGCAUAUCUGAUCAAACGUUUCCUUCCAAUUGCCGUUCCUAUGAACAUCGCAAUUGUCUUUAUCACCUUGACUCGAGAUUCACCACUGAAAACACCAACUUCAGCUCUUCGAUCAAUCGGGGUACCUAAUUUUCCCGGAUUGAAGAUCCUUGCGGAGUCCCUUUACUUUCUCAGCUUUAGUAUAUGGUUAGCUUGCCUCAUAGAUAUUCGCUUCACCUAUCAUACACCGGUCUCUACGGCGUCACAGAAGAUAAAGAGUCUUCUUCGAUUUCCGAAAGCAAUACGUGAUUCGGUCAACCCAUUGUACCUACCACCCAUGUUUCAUUCACCUCAGCGUGCUAGCUCUGUUGCUCAACUUUGGUCUGAAUGUGGGCAUACACUCUUCAAGAGAGGUUUCGUUGUGGCAGGUGGAAAACCUUUGGUCUGGAUGACUAAGAGAUUAGGCGGUAAAACGAAACUUCAAAGAUUAGCUGGAUUGAUUGGUAUUUAUCUUGCAUCUACUGGGCAACACGAACAUGUAAUGCCUCGGCCUUCGCGAUCUAAUCCACGUACGAUUACCUCGUUACCUGCUUUUGAAAUCUUUUUCAUGCUUCAACCUCUAGCUGUACUCAUUGAGCCAUACAUACCAAAGCGGCUAAGACGGACAAAAGUAUGGAACUCGCUCUUCUUACUUGCUACUACUUAUCCGUUUAGAGAACAAUACGCGGGAGGGGUGACCAUGAAUCAUAGUUCAGUGUUGGAUGUAGCUUUGUUUUUUAGUUUUGGAUAG